CUGAUGCGUGCACAUGCGACCCCUCAACGCCACGCACCCGCCUUCGCCUGCGAUCCACAUCCACCCGCACGCGUCCUGUCGAUCCCACACCCGUCUCCUCUAGCACACACCCGCCCGCCGCCGAAGCAGACCUCCACGCCCGCCCCCCGUCCGCGACGGGCUCCUCCACGCACAAAAUUGCCGCCCAUGCGACCAGUGCCGGCGCCAAAAUACGCCCACUCGCACUCACCAUGCUCGCUACGACCCUGC